UCCCUCCACAUCAAUCCGAACAAAAAAUUCCCUCGCUUCUCUCGUUUCGUUCUCUCUCGCUCUAUCUCUCUCCUCCCCACUUUCCCAUUCUAAACCCUCUCGCACUUUCUCUCUCUAAAACCCCUAAAUCUUUCUCCCCACCAUCCCUCGCCCGGAAUCACCAUCUUAAUCUCACAACAAUUUAAUUAACUUACAAGCGCCUUUUUUUGUUUAAUUAAUCUAAUGUCUCGACCUCAACCUUCUAACGGCCAGGCGCCGCCGCCGUCGCCGUCGGCUCGUCCGCCGGUGAGCAACGGUGGAAAUGGGAUCCCGCCGCCGAUAAAGCGGCACCUACAGUUCGCUGCGAUGAAGCCGCCGUUCGUGCCGUCGGAUGAUUAUUACCGGUUCGGAGAGUCUAGAGGAGUCGCGGAUCAUGAAGCUGAUGUUAUCAUCGUUAAAUCUACUCCCUCAAAGCGGAAGCCUGGAAAUUAUAAUGAAGUUGAGUCUAGCAGGUUGAGUAUGAGUCCUGCGUACACCAAUACAGUUAAAAGCCCCAACCAGACACCUGUAUCUGGGAAAGGAGGAAGGGUCUAUGGCCGGUCUAAUGCCACAAAGAGCCUGGCAUCUGUGCCUCAGACCCCUAUGUCAAAUGCUGGUUCUCCUUCUCCUCUUACUCCUGCUGGAAGCUGCCGUUAUGAUAGUUCCUUGGGCCUUUUGACCAAAAAGUUCAUCAAUCUGAUAAAGCAAGCAGAAGAUGGUACUCUUGAUCUUAAUAAUGCUGCUGAGACCUUAGAGGUCCAGAAGAGGCGUAUAUAUGACAUCACUAAUGUCCUUGAAGGAAUUGGUCUUAUUGAAAAGAAGCUCAAGAACAGAAUCCACUGGAAAGGAAUUGAUGCUUCAAGACCGGGUGAAAUGGAAGAUGAUAGUAAUGUUUUGCAGGCAGAAGUUGAAAAACUUUCUCUGGAAGAAAAAAGACUUGAUGAUCGCAUAAGGGAAAUGCAGGAAAGGUUGAGAGACUUGAGUGAGGAUGAAGCGAAUCAAAAGUGGCUUUUUGUGACCGAAGAGGAUAUUAAGGGUCUAGAAUGCUUUACGAAUAAAACCCUGAUAGCAAUUAAAGCUCCACAUGGAACCACACUUGAGGUUCCAGAUCCAGAUGAAGUUGUUGAUUAUCCUCAGAGGAGAUACAGAAUAAUCUUAAGGAGCACAAUGGGUCCAAUUGAUGUGUAUCUUGUUAGCCAAUUUGAGGAGAAGUUUGACGAGAUGAAUAGUGUGCAACCUUCCAUGAGCCUCCCACUUGCUUCAAGUACCGGGUCUAAUGACAAUCCAGCAGCAGAGACCGCAAUCGUGGGACAUGGGCUAGAGAAUGGAACAAUGACACAAGAUGGCCAUGGAGUGAACUCUGAUCUGUACACUUCGGAGGAUAUUUCUGGUGGAAUUAUGAAGAUUCUACCUUCGGAACUCGAUAAUGAUGCGGAUUACUGGCUCCUAACAGAUCCAAGUAUCAGCAUGACAGACAUGUGGAAGACUGACGCUGGUGUCGAAUGGGAUGGGGCGAGUCUACUUAAUGAGGAGUUUGAACUGCCUUGUAUUAGCCCUCGACCGCAGACUCCACCAUCUGGUGUUGCUGAUGUAUCAACUGCUGCAAAUGGCACACAAAGGUGACUCCAGAUCAAUUGAUGAGCUAAUGUAGGAUCAAGUAUGGCUUCUCAUGGAUUUUCACAUCUUAAUGUGGUCCAAAGUCUUAGGCUGGGAGUGGUGGUAUCCACUUCUGAUUCAUUUUCUAUUCAAGAGUCACCUGUGAUAGCCACUAUCAUAUUACUAAAUUACCCCUGGACUUUGGGUUUACAAGAUUUCAUACUGUUGGACUGGGCAUAGAAAUGGCAGUGCAAAGAGAUAAAAGCUUUAAUGUACAAUUGGGAAAAUGCAUUCUGAGGCAUGUGUUUUGAUGAUGAAUAAAGUCGCUCAUGCAACUGUUUAUCAAUGAAUUGAUUCAGGCUGAGCUUGAUAUGUGAGCAGCUUGAGCAAUAGAUAAAGAGUAUGUUUCCCAUUUAGAACAUCUCUCGUGCAUACCUUAGUUGAAAUCUGAAAUGCAUGUUAUGUUGUAUUUGCGUGAAGUUGGUUUAUCAAAUUGUGAUAUAUAUACUUGACAUUUGACAACUUGACUUGAGCACUGGAAAAAAUAUCUAGUGUUCUUUAGUCAGUGGUCAUGGUAUACAGAUUGCUAUGCCCUGUAUUUUCUUCUUUGCUUGCCUUCAGCAAAAGCAGGGCUUGCCCUGUUACUAAUAAAUAGAUAACAUAUAGUUGUCCA